GCUGUCGUGUCCGUGAAUUUCUGGAAACUCAUCGACACUGUUGGAUAAUAUAGUCGGAAUUGUACUGCCAGGUCAUUGGAAUUGUACUAUACCAGUCCGUCUUACACGUUUCAAGAAGUCAAGUCUGGUAUUUCGCAGUGCUUCCUUCACGUUGUUACGGGUUACCCUGGGUUUGAGUAAACCCAAAUCUGAUUUUGAUACCGAUUUUCUCAUCAAUAACCCUCUCGAUUGGCGAUUAUUAUUAUUUUGAUUUCUAUAUUUCUAUGAAAGGAUUCUAUAAUUCAAUGAUAGGAUUACCUCGUGAUAUAUGAUUGGAUUAUAAUAAUAUUGAAAUAUACAAAGACGCUAUACUAUACGCCUUCUUCAACAUUUAUCGUCCAUACUAAUUGAUAAAAGACAGAUAACCAUCUUACUGCAGAACAAUCUGCUGAACUAUGAUUAAUCGUUUGCAGCUAAAUUAGUUAAUGUAUCACUUAUUGGACAUCAUGUAACAACGAGUUUUCUUCAUUGCCACUCUGGUUUCCCACAACAGCCAUAUCUGAUAUACAUGUAUACAACCCACUGUGAUACAAUCGUCAGCUCUCGGAUGGUAAAAAAGACUGGAGCAGAUUCUGUCAGGAUUGCAGACGGAUAUUGCUUUUAUAUUUUAUGGCUUCAGGAUUGCGAAAAUUGCUCUAGGAUUGAGACAAUACUUUAAGAUUGCGAAAAUUUAGAAUUGCAAAGAAUGCUUUAGGAUUCUUCUCCAGAGCAUUUUCAGCACGCGGUGGUUUGGGUGUAGGCCCCAUACACGUCGAUCUCACUAAAUCUGUUCAAAGCAAUCAGCUACAUGUAUACAUCGUACAAAUCCGCACGAAAUGGGCAACUAAAUUAACAAUUAUUUUAAGAGCAAUUUAUCAACACGUUUGUGGAUUAUUAUAUAAUUCAAAUUGAAACCGGAGAUUUUUAUCAUGUCUGGAAGCCAUGGCGCUAAAUUGGCGCGGAGGGGCAGCAAAGCCAGGUUAUCGGUAGGAGACAGAGCCGCGUCAAUCGCCGCGAGUGUUGGCGGAUCACAAGAUGGCGCCAAGAGGCAGAAGUUCGUCAUUUGGCCGGAAUGGAGCGAUGCAGACGUCAAUGCAGAAAGAUGGGAUGUUGCACACAAAGGCAAGGAAAAGGAUAAAGGGAAAUCACCAGUGGUCCCGGGCCAGGUGCAGCAUUUCUUUGAGGACCCAGACGGGAAGGUGAUUGUACCGAAUAGUUUGAAAGUGACACACUGGAAGAGGCCACAGGACUUUAUUUUGGAAAAGGUUCCAACAGUUGUAGACCCAGAUGGCAUGAACGGGUUUGAUUUACUCUCUGCCAAUGAACACAUCCAUGACAGCGAGCUAAUACGAUGGGUGAUCAGUCAAAUCGACGCGCUUUGGAAAUUAUGUAAGGUGAAGGUCGCCAACCCUGACCCCGCCGACCCUACGAUACAACCCGAUGGGACACAAUACACGUGGAAACCGUGGGAACAUAUCUACGCUAUCACGAAGGUCGGCAAGGGUCCAACGGUACCUCAGUAUAACCCGCAUGGAAAAUAUGUGGUCAGGCUUUACUGGAUGGGUUGCUGGCGUAAGAUUAUCGUCGAUGACAUGAUUCCAUUUGACGAUAAUGACCAGAUGUUAUUACCUGCCACAAGUCUGCAACAUGAACUCUGGCCCAUGUUACUUACCAAGGCGCUCAUCAAGAUUGCAUCACUCGAUUAUAACGGUGGAAGUAGUUCGUGUGAAUUUGGAGACUUCAGUGUGAUACACUGUCUCACUGGUUGGCUGCCCGAGAUUAUACCAUUACAAACACUUUAUUUUGCGGACAAGGAAAGGCAAGCCACUGAGAAGAAAAAUGCCAAUUCAGAUGCAUCUGAAAAACAGCUUAGGUAUGGUCACAUGGAAGAGGUGUGGAAUUGGCUGAAGGGAGCGCUACCUGAAUGGAAGUUGCCUGAACCUGAGCCAGAGAAACCAGUAGAAGGGGACCCCGAGAAGGAAGGGACAGCCCUGGACGUAAAAGAUGAGAAGAGUGAUAAGGACCCGAAGGAGACGGCCAGAGGAGAGAAGCCUGCCAAGGAUGGUGGGGGGAAGAAGGAGGAUGGCAAGGGGAAGGACAAAGACAAGGGAAAAGAUAAGGGCAAGGACAAGGAUAAGGAUAAAAAUAAAGAGAAGACGUCCAUGGAUGAUGGUGUCCUUCCUGAGAAUCCCGAGAUUGUCGUGUUUGCGAGUUAUACCAGCCUUCCGAAGUAUCCAGUCAGGGUCUCAGUGCUAGCUGAAAUGGCUGACGCCAGUGAGCGACUCCGCCAGACUGGGUUGUCCCACAUGUACCCUCAUCCAGUCCUGAUCACUCAAACCCGGGCUUGUCCUCUGGAGCCCCCACCGCCACCCGAGGUCGUCCCGUCGUGGAAACUCAUCCGGCCCAAGAAGAAGAAGGUCAUGCCUACAGAUGAGCCAAAAGAACCAGAAGUUGAGAAGCCCAUCCAGUGUGUCGAGGUGACAUCGCCGUUCGUCAACUAUAAAGUCAGCCCCGUGCCUAUUCCCACAGAUGUACACCGUCCCAAGUCUUCCCUGGAGCGAGGGGGCUCGCGACCUGGCACAGCCAAUCAAGAACCUAUUGAAGAGACAGACGAGAAUGCUCCCGAGCCGGAGCUUGAACCGCUCAAGCCAGAGUCGCCCCCUGUUGAGGAAAAGAAACGGAGAAAGUCCAGGCAUCAGUUUAGCCCCGCUGAGAAUUCUGAAAACCCUACCCCCAGCCCUAAGCCUACCACCCCAGUCAGGGAUAAAACUGGCAAAGAAAGGAAAAAGUCAGCGGGGUCUGCCCUCGCACGGAAGGAGUCAAGUCUCAAGGACCAACCCCUUGACUCUACUGCUUCCCCGAAAAUGGCCAAGAAAAAUUCCACCAUCAAGCGAGAAGCUAGCGCUAAAUCGAUAGAGCGACCUGGAUCAGUAAAGUCGGCCAAACUUGAUGCUAAACUGACUGCCAGUGUUGUAGCUGUGCAUGACGCCAAGGCUUCCAUUGCAGAUAAACUGCUUGCGUCGAUCGGGUCGUUGACUCCAGCGGAUGCCCCGUUGGAGGGGAGUCUUGGGUCGGAGCUUGGCGAGUUGGACGCGGAGAAACCCAUGGACGGGGAGGAACCGGUUGAAGACGACGCAGAGGAGAAACCUAAAGACGUCUGGAUGGAUUUUGAAGCGUUCUGUAAAUGUUUCAAGACGUUGUACGUGUAUCACAAGACGAACACCUAUCCCUGCAACCAGAAACACUCCGAUCUCAAGAAAAUGGAACGAGUUAACUAUUAUUCCUUGUCCCAGGGCGUCUCGUCCGGUGCAGGUAGUAGUGGAGGCGGCGGCAAGAAAUCUGCACCGAAUACAGCAGCGUCGUCUGGUUUGGACGAUAGAGCGCCGCUGUAUCUGUUUGUUGACAAUCUGAAAGCGACCGAGAUUGUCGUGUCCUAUUCGUCUCUCUCGCGAUGGAACGAACCACCGGCGCCACCUAUCAUUGAGAAGGUAUCGCACGACAAGCUCAAGGUCAAGGGCGAGAAGAGCGACCUUGACAAGGAGAUGUCGACCUUGGGGACUGGAAGCGUCAUGGGAGAUGCAGACGAUACUCAAAGUCAUAAAGAUGGUUCAACGAACCGUGAGUUCCCACCAAUCUCGCCUGGGACACUGAUCGCAGAGCCUCACUCCUGGAAGAGUCUGGUCACCGGCCAACCUAUCUUGAGGAUCAGGUCCACUGCAACCCGGGCUGCCGUUCUGAGCCUUCCUGCCGGACGUCAUGUACUCAAGUUCAGCAUGACCUCACCCCUUGGCCAUCACGUCCAUCUCUGCUCAUCAGUACAGUUUGUGUUUGGGGACGAGGAGGCCGUCAUGCCUCAUCUUACCAAGGAAAGUUGUCGGUUUGUUGAUAACGCCACCCAAGUGCUGUCGAACGUCGGUAAAUGUAUCAGUGUAUUCAACGACCAUGCUGCCUUUACGCAGGCCUGGGAGGAACUGCUGAAUUCACACUGUCCGUACAGGAACAAUAAGCUCAUCUCGAAACAUCAACACUUUGCUGUAUUCAAUGAUGCACUGUAUUCAACUCUGAAGAAGUCGCUGACCGAUUCCUUGAAUCCUGAGAUGGCCUAUGCGUGGAAAGUCUUCAAUAACGAUUUGACAACUAGAAACCCGUUAGGCCUGCCUUACGGGAGCAGUCGACCAGAAUCCCAGCCUACUGGGCCCUCCUCUAGCAGUCAUGCUACUGGUGCCACAUCCCAUCGAGGGUCGGCAAAACCUGGCAAAAAACCGGCAGCGAGUGCAUCCACCACUCAACAGGACCUUAAACAACAGCAACAACAACCAGGUGAAGAGAAAGUCGCAGAAAACUGGGUCAACCGCGAGCCGACUGCUGAAGAGCACGUAGCUGCUGUCAAAAUCCAGAAGUGCUACAAGGGCCAUUUUGUCCGUAAGGCGUACAGGUCUCGUCACAGCGGCACGGAAGAGAAUCUCCGGGUUCAAGAGAUCCUGCAACGGGCCUGGGCCAUCAUGGAACCAAACGUCGAGCAAUACGGACUCCAGCUGUUCAGGACGAUGUUCAAGUCAGACCCGGAGAUGAUGUCGUAUUUCCCAUUCCACAAGGACGAGUGGAAUAAGAUCUCGUAUUCCGACUAUAAUGGCGUCUACCCUGAGCAGCCGCCGAACACUUGGUUUGUCGUAUUCAGAGAGAUAUUCUAUGUGACGGAGGAGACAUUAGUCGUACCCAAGUUGUACGUGCCGAUUCCAACGUGCAUGCUACGAGUAAUCAACAAUGACACCAGCGAAGAAAUACCACGGGUUUUCCAGAAAGUUGCUCCUUAUGUUUACAAGAAAAAUAAGCUUGGUUACACGUUUGUCGCCGAAGCACGCACGUCCGAUCUUCCCCUGCCUAACGGGAAGUGGAGGAUGCGUCUGAUAGGAUCUCUCAGCCCACUGCCCGCCCCCCUCAAGAACGACGUGACCAGCUCCUUCCACAUGAGGGAGAUCAGGGAUUACUUUGUGCCGAAUAACAAAAAUGUGAUAUUUAGGUAUUCCGUUAAAGUUCUAGACGACCACUUGGCCAGUCUUCAGGUUACGACGUCCAAAUCGGACGUCUACGUCAAACUCCAGGUCCUGGACAACGAGGAGGAGAUAGCGAGCGCCACGGGCAAAGGUCACGUGGUCAUACCGUCGAGUAUAUUCUGUAAAGAUAUCAAUCUGGAGGAAGACAAGAGAUCGAGUUCAAGAGCUUCUGAACGAGGCCGAGCUGGCGCAUCUACAAGUAGUCAGGGUGUAUCCCCCGGGAGAAAGAAACGAUCGGAUUCUGCCAAAAGUGAGGGAAGAGCAUCGGUUAGUAGUCAUUUAUCCGAGGUCCUCCUGGAGGGCCUAGAAGAGGGCCAGGAGAUCAAGCCGCACAAGUACAUCAUCCAAGCCACGGUGUUACGUAACAGCUGGCCGCUGUCGGAGAGCAGCUGGGCAUUCGUUCAACAGCUGCAACAGCUGGAGAAAGACGAGUUGAAAUUAAAUAACCCCCUGAAGGAGCGUCCAAUCUCUGCCCCGAAGCAAGAGAAGGCCGCCCCCACACCAAAGGGCAAGGGUGGCAAGGGCAAAGAAAAGGGGAAGGAGAGGGACAAGAAGAACUCUGUCCAGGAGGGUUCACGGCCUGCCUCGCAACAGUUUGAUACGUUCAGACCUUACUGGAUUCUGAGAUUUGUCAGUGAUGCUACGGCCGCAGAGGAUGUCGAUGUGAAGAAAGACACCGAGAGAGCAGAUGAGAUCCGCGCCAUGAAGAAGGCGUGGGAAGACGCCGAACCAGGCCGUGCCGCCAAGGCGCUUCAAUCUCGCCUGCAGUACCUCAACAGUCACCUGAUCAAGCUUCAAACAGACGAGGAAGAACCUGCAGAAAAAGUGGACGAAGAACGCCCGUCCGAGAGCGGAGAAAAUUUGGACGUUCUUCCUGCACAGACACCGGUGUCGCCCUUGCCGGCCGAUCCCGAGGCGGAGGCCAUCUUGCUUCAUGAGCCACCACCACCACCUCCACCGAAAGAGAUGCUGCAGCCGGUCGAUUCGACUCCAUUUGAAAAAUCUCUUUACGGAGAAACGCGCUACAAAGAUGAGUUUGAGGUCCAGCGGCAGUUGGAGGCGCAGCAGCAUGAGAUCCAGGAAUACCGUCUGUUCAGGCAGGGUGUCGAGGAAUGGCGGGAAAACGAUCGCAAACUACGCAAUCUCCUCAAGAUACAACAGUUGGAAAUGUGUGAAGAAUUACAGGCUGAACUUGAUAAGAAACGUCACGAAAUCAAUACGCCACGGGAGGCAUUUAGGCAGAAAUAUCUUGAGGCCGAACGGUUAAAAAUGGAGGAAAUCGCAGCCCAAGAAGCCGCUUUAAAAGCCGAGCAGGAAAAGAAUGCGCCAACGCCAAAACGAGGCAAGAGUGCAAAAGGAAAGAAGAGUCCAGCUGGUGGAAAAAAGAAGGGGAAAUAAUGACGCUUUCUUCUUAGGAUUAUUGAUAUACUUUUGUGAUUUUGACACCAAGUGCCAAACUUGUAACUUUUCAGAUGUUUCUGAGUCACUCCUAGUUACUGGGAAUUGAUGUACUGUCCUGUACUUCACUCCUAGUUGCUGGGAAUUGAUGUACAUUGUCCUGUACUUCACUCCUAGUUGCUGGGAAUUGAUGUACAUUGUCCUGUACUUCACUCCUAGUUGCUGUGAAUUGAUGUACAUUGUCCUUUACUUCACUCCGGGGUGCUGUGAAUUGAUGUACAUUGUCCUGUACAUUGUCUGGUGACAAUGUACUUAGUCAUGACUCAAAAGUUGAAUUUCGAGUUUGACCAGUUUGGCCUAGCUAAAUCAAGCCUGUAUUGUGAUCGAGGUACGACUUAUGUUUACAAACUAUAAAAUGUAGUUGUUAUUUAUAAUUUUUUUCAAUUACCAUUCCUUUUUAAUUUAUUUGAGUUUUUUUCAUAUUUUUUCCACGAGAGUCAUUUUGGAAACAUUAAUGUAUUAGCCAUUCAAUCCUUUAAUUAACUGUAGGCUCGAGUGCAUUCCUGUAAUUAGAAUUUUUAUAACAAAAAAGUUAUAUUUUUGUAUGUAAACCGUAUGGUUUCAAGGAGCUGUGAUUCAUAACAUGUAUUGUAUUAUAAUUUGUAAAAAUUUUAUAAUUAAUAAUACAAUGUCACGUGAUGUGUAAAUAAAAAAACAAAUAAAUAGUCACAUGUAAUAAAUAAUUGUGUGCAAAGGUCAAAUUGUUUGUAUAUUUGGGGGAGAAAAAUUCCCAGCUGAAAAAGACAAUGGUGAUGGUUUCACUAAGAUUUCGGUCGGCCAUUUUGAUCUUCCUGAAAUACACAACAAUUGGCCCCUUGUAUAUUUUGUACAAUAUGUACAUAACUUUGUACUGUUUGGUUUUGUAGUGCGGUUUUUGUGGGAAGUCAAGUUUGCCUUAAACCUGUGGUCAAGUACUUAUUUUUCCGUAUGACUUGUGGUGUUGUCGUGAAAAUUGUCCAAAUAGAAACCUCAAAAUACACCAAUUACAUCCAAAUUAAUUAUUUCGACAUUUCGUCGAGUUGCCUUCAUCUCUCUACUGUCUCAUUGGGGCAAAGGGGAAAUUGUCACUGAGUCUGUCAAGUGUUGAACUAUUGUUUUAAUAAACCUGAUGCAUUAUUUUGGACCAAAUUGUCCAGGCCAAAAGGGCUGAGCUGUCAUUAGUUGAAACAUCUUUCUAAAUUGGUUGGGCCUGUCGUAGAGCCUCUAGUACAAAAUGGCAAUGCCUAUCAUUAUUUUUUGUUUGGUGACUGAAUACGUCCUUACGUUACACAUUGCUAGAAUUCACAUUUUCAACAUUUUCAUAUCAGCGGUUUUCUCUCUCUGAAGUAUCAUAUAGCAGACAUCAAACAAUGUCCACAGAAAAACCUACGAUAUCAUUCGCUCUGGUUUUAUAUUCAACUGGCUGAGAACCAAUUCACUGGCAUAUUUUUUAGUCGAGCUGUUUCUCGUACAUUCUGAAAUAUCGAAGAACGCAACGUCGAACAUAUCCAAAGAAAAACCUACAAUAAUUAUCAUUCGUUCUGUUGUUACAUAAACAUUCCAUCAGUUUAGAACCAGUUUUCUGAAAUAUUUUUCAGUUCUUUCCUCAUGCAUUCCACAAAUAACGAAUCAGAAAAAAAAUCCUCCCACCUUGUCCAAACAAACCUACAAUAACUUAUCAUCUGUCUGCGUACGAAACAUUCCAUCAGCUUCACUCAAGGAUUUUGUAGUCCAUGUGUUUUCGUUCCUAAGAAAAAAUAUUUCGGGGUAUAUAACACGUCCUAGAUAAAACUAGAUACCAGGUAUAUGAAAAUUUACAUUCCAACAUUAAAAAUGUAAUACUUUACAUCUCAUGUUUGUAAUAAAAUCCCUUUAGGUGACGAAGCGUGUACCUUUUCAAGACCCAUAUGAGCAACACAGCCAACAGCUGAUGACGUCAUGUCAAGUCAAGUCUAUGACCAUGACUUGCACUGUCGCAGUAAUGAACUCAAAGCAGUGAACCAGGCUAGUUUUUCUGUCAUCGUUCCAACUUGUUGGUUGUCUUUAGCUCAGCUUGUUGUGUGCUUGACCCAUAUAUUUCCACUGAGCCCCAAGCCCUUUGGCGUCUUGUUCUGGUCUAAAACCGACCUGAGUCAUCCUGGAAAGGUUCAUGAAAGACUGCGCCUUCUAGCGGAUUUGAUAGCAACUACCUCAUUAGACCUCAAGGUGUAUUGCGUUCGCAAAAACCUGUUUCUAUCACCUGUCCUGGUGUUCAACAAUCCAUAAUGUAAAGUUGACUGAAGUAGAAUUUCCAGUCCAAAAACUUGUGCAUUCCUUGUGAUAAAUCCAUCUAGAAAUGCUUUGUUUGGGUUUCCAUCGAUAAAUUAAGCAGACGACAUUCCUGAACCAUACCACAAAUAGGACUUUUGACACUAGUUUUGUUACAUUUUUUUCUCCAUUGAAAAACUGUAGUCCAGCAAUGUUGAUAUUUUGACCUUGAGGAAUGGGGGCUAUUCUAAUAAUGAAAGGUUUCAGGCACAGUAACACAGUCAAGGGUUUCCAAAAGAUUAGUGUUACCCUAAUAUAAGUGUUCCCUAAAGUUAGUGUUGUCAAUAAUGGCUUAAGAUUGGUGUUUUGCCUUGGUACCAUUAUUCUACACACAGAAGUCAGUAUUUCUACCAAAGACCAAGUGAUGUCAAACUGAGCCUGGCCGAUAAAAUUUCCAGAAUAACCCUCAAUCCUCCAAUAUAAAAGAUGACACCAAGUAUACCACAACUGCCUGCAGUGUAUUAUAUGUAAAGGAGCUUUAGAGCAGUGUUUCUUUUGGCCAUUUUUUCUCAGUUUUUUUUCUAAAGAGUUUUAGGGCAUAAAUAUAUCGGCAGAAUUAUUGCGAUAGGGUAUUCAGUAACCAAUCUUUGUUAAGUGUAGACGUUCCCGACGAUGUUGUAGACAUCGGUGGGACACCUGACCCUUAUUUCUCCGUCCCUGGUGAAACGGUCAGUCGGUAUGGCCAAAACUCCGUCCUCAACAAUACCCGGGCGCCUGAAAAUCUCGUCGCUGCGGACAUUCCAGCCCUUAUUUUUCCGUCCCUGUGUAAAGCAAGGAAAAUAAUUAAACCAAAACAAGGCCCUUUGUUUCCGUCCCCGUGUACACUCCAUAUUCCUGUAAACUGCAACAUUUUUGCAGGUGUUUCAUUUUGGCAAAAAAAAAAAAUUUGCACAACAAAUUUUUGCAAAACAAAUUUUUUGUUGUGGAAAAACCAAAGAGAUUUCAUCAUAAUACCCAAAAAUAAAAAUCGUGAAAUUUUUUUUUCUUUCAGAAAUGUUCUCAAAUCAAAAAAAAAGAAACCGAUCAUUUUGCAGUUUACAGUAACUAGUUCGACUUGUCAAUUUCUUGGUCCGCGUGGCUGUCGCUUAGGCCAACCCUUGAACAGGUUGUAUCAUCAAAAUAAGAAUGCCGGGGGAAAUUUGAAUUGAUAUGAGAAAUUUCAUUGAAAUUAUCAAAUUUUCUUCUCCAUUUAAAAAAAAAAAGUGUAUUAUUAUUGGAGUAGAUGAUAGAACUGAAUCCGUCCAUUGAGGGUUAACAAUUUCUCUUUUAGGUUUCUUUGCCUUUAUCCAAAUUUGUGAAAACAUUUUGCCAGGAAAGGAAACAUUCCUAAGCAUCAACAAGGCCAAUAGUCCGGGAGCCAUGGGGUUGAACGUGGAAAUGCCGGAUGAAGUUUUU